UCUCGUGGUCCACGAUCGCGAGGUCGCCCCCAGCGGGGUAGGCCAAUAAAUAUAGACAGCCUGGAAGAGAUCAGCUCAAAGAUUUCCUCGCUUCUAGGCAGACGCGAGACCCUCCCCAGCAUGUCUGUCCAAUUUCUGUUAGCCCUCCUUCGUGGGACCCAGCCAUCGCUGCAGGUCUCACUCCCCCUCCUGCUUCUCGGCAUUCUCGCACUGGUUGCCUUGAAGAGACGCUAUGCAACAGCCAUCCGGGAUAUCCCAGGUCCAUGGCUGGCGUCCGUCUCUAGCCUAUGGCAGGUCUACCAACUGAUCAAAGGUCACACGGAACAAGAGAUCGUGAAGCUCCAUCGCAAAUAUGGCAGCUUUGUUCGCAUCGCCGACAAUGAGGUGAGCGUUGCACAUCCCGAUGCGGUGCGCCUGUUGCUCCACGCCAAUAUCGCCAAGGGCCCGUGGUAUGCGAUCUUCAGCUUGCCCGACUAUCACUAUGUGAACCAAAUGUCGGAGCUGGACCCUCAGCGACACAUUCGCAAGUCCCGAAAUGUCGCGUCGGGAUAUGCGCUCUCCAACAUCAUCAAAUCCGAGCCCUAUGUGGAUGCUCUCCUAGGCCUCCUGGAGGACCAAUUCGAUAAACUGAUCGCGUCCGGCCAGCCCGUCGAGUUCGACCGCUGGUUCAACUAUUUCGCCUUUGAUGUCGUCGGUGAAGUGACCUUUUCCAGUCCUUUUCGGUUCCUCGAGACCGGAACCGACAUUGGAAAUGCCAUCGCCAACAGCCGCGCCCUGGCGCUAUAUAUCGCGAUCAUGGGGCAUUACGUGUGGCUGCAUAAUCUCACCCUUGGCAACCCACUUCUUAGCCGGCUAGGCCUACAGCCUUCCUCUCACAUUUUCGACACCUGCCUGGCAGCUAUUGACCGCCGGAAGAAGAACUCGAAUGUCCGCCGGGAUAUGAUGGAGCGGUGGCUUCAAACCCGUCGUCAGUACCCCGAUCGCAUGGACGAGUCGGAGGUCUUUGGUGCUGCUGUCGCAAACAUCGGCGCCGGCGCCGAUACCACCAGUGCCACUCUGCAGGCGUUCUUCUAUUAUCUCAUCCACCAUCCCCAGUAUCUGCAGAAGCUACAAGAGGAGAUUGACGGAGCACACUCUCGUGGCGACCUCUCACGCGUGGUGUCGUAUGCCGAGGCAGCUAAGCUGCCCUAUCUUCAGGCCUGUAUCAAGGAGUCCUACCGUUACCACUCUGCGACUGGCACUGGACUGCCUCGCGUGGUCCCUGCGGGUGGCCUUGCAAUUGGCGGGCGGCAUUUUGAGGAAGGGACCAUCCUGAGCAUUAAUCCCUGGUCUUUCCAUCGUAACCCGGAUCUCUUCGGACCCGACUGCAACGAUUUUAAUCCUGAACGGUGGCUAGAUCCUGAGCGAUCCAAACAGAUGGACCCCUUCCUUAUCCAUUGGGGAGCUGGGUACAAUCAAUGUCCAGGACGGAACCUAGCGCACUUUGAGAUCUCCAAGCUCACUGCCACUAUCGUGCGUGACUAUGACAUCGAACAGGUGGAUCCCAAGAAGCCGUGGAGCUUUGAGACACAUUUCACGGCUGUGCCCUAUGGCUGGCCUUGUUGGUUACGGCGACGACAAACCAGCUCUGCGUAAGAUACUUGGCUGGCUGGAUCGAAGACAGUGGCCCAGCGGUCCUUUAAGCAGAAUGCUCCUGGCGGUAAAAUGAAAUGGGCUCUCCUGGAGCGCGCGCCGGUAGCUUGGGUGGAAGAUCGUCAAAUGGAUCAUUUAUGAUAAACAUCGAGUCACUCUUCCCCAACUGCUGCAAACGCUUCAGCGGCGGGUAAAGGUCAUGAUCCGGUACUUCGUGUAUAUGACUUCGCUUGAUAGAGGUGGCUGGUCACCCUUGGCGGACUUCCCCUCCUUAUGUAUUUCUCCACCAAUCACACAGCGGUG